CUAGUUUGACAGAGAAAUGAGACUCCAGAAUUACUGGAAAUUAAGACAGACUUGUAUAUUUUUUAUAUUUAUUUAUAUGAAGAGCUAUAAUUCUUGUUCUGUGAUCUAGCUAGCUGGUGGUGAGUACAAUAAAUAAAUUGGCAGAGAAAUUAAAGUAGUCACCAUUCAAUAUACUUACCAGCAGAAAAAGGUGACAAAAAGUUGGGUGGAGAGAAUUUAAAUGAGAGCUUCCUCAGUCAAAAGUAGUUGAAGAAGAAGAUCCAACCUAACUAGCUUAGCUACCUCCAGAUCCUCCUCUUGAGUACAAGAAAUGAAGACCCAUUCUUAUGAGGAUUUGUUGAAGCACAAUCAAAACAAGGAUUGCUGGCUUCUAAUCUCUGGCAAGGUCUAUGAUGUGACAGAAUUCAUGGAAGAUCAUCCUGGCGGUGAUCAAGUCUUGCUAACAGCAGCUGGAAAAGAUGCAACUGAAGAUUUUGAGGAUGUGGGUCACAGUGAAUCUGCCAGAGAUAUGUUGGUGAAAUACUGCAUUGGAGACAUCGACAGUUCAACUAUUCCGGUGAAACGUCAAUACACUCCGGCCGGACAGCAGAUUAAAACAACCCUGGAUACCACUUCAGGUUUCGGAGUAAAGAUUUUGCAGUUCCUAGUCCCUCUAUUGAUCCUGGGAUUAGCUUUUGGCAUCCGCCAAUACUCCAAGAAGCUGGACUAGACGGAAAAACUCACACAUACUGAUUCUAUUUAAGAGCUCAAUAGACAUUAGUAUGUUCUGAUCUCUAAUUAUGUGUGUUUUAUUUUGUUUUAGAGUCUCAAUUAUGUCUGUAACUGGUUAGCUAGUCCUAAUAGCAGCUACAAAUUCAUUUCCGAGUCCUGAAUUUGAAGUCAGAACCACUCUCAUUCUCCAAAUAAGAUCUUUUAUUGAAUUAUUACUAAAAGAAAUGAACCGACUGUUUCUUCUUA